AGCUAAAAUGACUAAAAGCCUCCAUUAAAAUCUCUCUCUCUCUCUCUCGUACGCAAGGUAUGGCUUGGAUAUUCCCAAUAAAAACUAGCUGCUUUCCUUCUCAUGUUUUUACAACAUUCUUUUCCUCUACUCUGCAAUUUCCAUCCUCUCGUCUCCCGUUCUCGCCGGAGUUCACGGGGAAGUUCUCGAGGAUCCGAUGUGAGUUCGAAGUAAAAGGAAAUGGUGCUCUCUUUGGCGACACAGACCCCCGUUCUAUCGACCGACAAAAAGCAUUGGAAGCAGCAAUGAACGACAUAAACAAUUCAUUUGGAAAAGGAAGCGUUACAAGAUUGGGAAGUGCUGGUGGAGCUCUAGUUGAAACUUUUCCAAGUGGCUGUUUGACAUUAGACAUUGCCCUGGGUGGUGGCCUUCCAAAAGGGAGAAUUGUAGAGAUAUUUGGUCCAGAGAGUAGUGGUAAGACUACACUAGCACUCCAUGCGAUUGCAGAAGUACAGAGACUAGGAGGCAAUGCCAUGCUUGUUGAUGCAGAGCAUGCUUUUGAUCCAGCAUAUUCAAGGGCUUUGGGAGUGGAUGUUGAAAAUUUGAUUGUUUGCCAACCUGAUAGUGGGGAGAUGGCAUUGGAAACUGCGGAUCGUAUGUGCAGAUCUGGUGCCAUAGAUCUCAUCUGUGUUGAUUCGGUCUCAGCUCUAACCCCACGAGCUGAAAUUGAAGGGGAGAUUGGGAUGCAACAAAUGGGUCUGCAAGCACGCCUCAUGAGCCAAGCUUUGCGUAAAAUGUCAGGCAAUGCCUCAAAAGCCGGAUGUACUCUCAUUUUCUUGAACCAAAUAAGACACAAGAUUGGGGUGUUUUAUGGGAAUCCUGAAGUUACCAGUGGAGGAAUUGCUUUAAAGUUCUUUGCUUCACUUCGUCUUGAGAUACGCCCUACAGGGAAGAUAAAGUCUGUUAAAGGUGAUGAAGAUAUUGGGGUUAGAGUACGUGCCAGAGUGCAAAAAAGCAAGGUGUCAAGGCCCUACAAGCAAGCAGAGUUUGACAUCAUAUUUGGAGAAGGUGUAAAUAAACUGGGUUGCAUAUUGGAUUGUGCUGAAAUGAUGGAUGUUGUGGUAAAGAAGGGUUCCUGGUACAGCUAUGGGGAACAUAGGUUGGGACAGGGUAGAGACAGAGCUCUACAAUUCUUGAGAGAGACCCCUCUCAUUAGCAAUGAAAUAGAGAAGGCAGUUCGGUCGAUGAUGACAGAAGGAAGCGGACUAGCAAGCCCCACAUACAUCAAGCAGUCGCUACCAAGUGAAGAUGAAAUGUUUCAUGAAACAUAAUAAAACGGAAAAAUCCAAUAGUUCUCCAGAUUUUCUUUUCAGGCAGGUCUCAUUUGACUUGGGAGGACAGCACUGGUUGGAAACCUCAGUGCUGGUUGUGGUGAUUUAAGCGUAUCAAGUCUAUUUGGGUGGGUUGGGCGAUAUUGUUGAUGGAUAGUUAGAAAAUCCAAUUUAUUUAUUGUAACUGGUAUGUUAAACUAAAUGAUGUACAAUUGAAGAAAAAGGUAUUGUAAGUUAGAAAUAUGUCAUUUAUUUUUGCCUUGAAUGUUUUGAAUCUCUGCUAUUUUGUAAUUUUCUUUUUGCUAGUAUUGCCUCUCGCCAUUUGGGAUUGGGAUCCUUGUUGAUA